UAUUCAUCACGUGCACAUGGCUUCUCGCAAUUGACGGCGUUAGUGCUACCAGCCUGUCCGCGUAUUGUAGUAGUAAUGCCGAAAGACGCCCCAUGAAGAACGUGGGGUUUGUCCUCCUCGCAGCCGUCGGCGCAGCCGCCUUACCAGCAACACCCUGCUGUGGCACCAGCUGCCCCAGCUGCCCUUGGCGAGCUCCAGAUGGAGUACGUGUACGACGAGAAGUCAGGGACCUGAGCGCCACAGAGUGGCAGCGCGUCACAAAUGCAAUGAACACCAUGAAACGAGUAGCGACGACGAACGGCCAAGCGACCUACGGCGCCGCCUACCGGAGCUACGACUAUUUCACGGCGAAGCACUACGCCGCCUGCGUUGACGCACGGGGAAAUGGUGCACACUACGGCCCGCACUUCGCCACGUGGCACGCUGCGCUCGGCCUCGAGUUCGAACGGGCGCUCCGCGCGGUCGAUCCGGCGAUCGAAGCGUUGCCCUACUGGGACGCCUCGGAGACGUCCCCGUCGGUGUUUGGGGGGGCGUACUUUGGCUCGGCGCCAGGCCUCGGCGAUGAUUACGACGUGAUUGACGGCCCGUUCGGGUCGUGGCGAGUGCCUCGACACAAAUCGCUGGCGGACUACGCGCCCAAUUCGUCGACGUUUUCAGCCUCGACCGCCGUCGCGGGCAACUCGGCCGGCUACCUGAGGCACCCCCAUAGCAUGACAUCGGUUGUAGGGGUCGUCCGCUUCGGCGGCGACUACGCUCUAGAAAAAGACGUGUUCUGGCGCUGCGUCGAGGAGCCCACGACGUUCCUGGAAUGGAACAAGUGCGUCGACCUCGGAUUUGCGCCGGACGGCUCCGACCUAGGCGACUCGGUGCAUCGCGGUGCGCACCCAGGGGUCGGCGGCUUUCAGGAUGGUGGCACCGGGACCAGCCAUGGCGACUUUGCGGAUACUUUGGCAGAGCCCAGCGCGCAGAUCAAACUCCCAACGCAUUCAAUUGAACUAUCGAAGCACUGGUUGAUGCGCACACAGGCGGGUCCGAACGACCCCGUGUUCUUCUUCCACCACGCAAACGUCGAGCGGUCUCGCCACUGGUGGACCUGGACGCGCGCUCAUGACGCCGACGACUACUGGGCAUACCCUUUGUUGGAUCCUGACACCACGGUCGGGACGGACGCGUUUACGGGCCGGCGCGCGCCCGGCCAGCUCCUCAACGAGACGCUCAGCGACGGCUGGGGCUUUUCGAUGGACGACCUCGGUUUCGAGCCGCGCGCCGGCGAAUCACCAGAGACGUUAGUGACAAACGCGCGGCUCCUCUGCGAGCUGGCGCCGGGCGCGGCGCCGUACGCGUAUGAGGACCUCGUACGAUGUCGCGAAUCUUCCGGAGAUGCGUGCGCCGUUGCCGAGCCAGCGGAGCGAUGUCCCACGAUGGGUCCCUCUUUUGGCGAGCACCAUACCGUCGACGGUCGCUUCGACGCGGUCGCGGUCGUCGACGUUGAUAAUGAUGGCGACCCGGACGUCGUCACGGCGGAGGGGGACUGGCUCCGGAUCCACGAGAACGUGGCGGGGCGGAUGAUCGCGCGAGAUGUCGUCACGACUAAAUACGCGAGCCCGGUCGCGCUCGACGCGGGAGAGGAAGACAUCGUCGUCGGCUACGAGGCCGGCGCCGUGGUGGUGCACGCGCUCGACGGUGAGCAAAUACGAAUCGUGGAUCGGGACGUCGCCUCUGGUGCUGUGGUCGUCCGGGCGGCAGACAUCGACGGCGACGGCGUGCUGGACGUCGUCUCGGCGGCGGCCGAGGAUGACACCGUCGCUGUGUAUCGUGCGUCCAAGGGAUUUUCGAAGCGUCUCGCUGCGUCUGACGCGGUGGGUGUUACUGACGUGGUCGUCCUAGACGUCGACGGCGACGGAGACCUGGACCUGCUCCCCACACUUCCUUGUUCCGGCACCGUGGUCGCGCUGAAGUCCAUGCCGCGCAACCGCGAGGACGACGUUUGGAUCGGUGACGACUGGCUCGAGUACCAGAGGACAGUGUUAAGGACGCGCGGUCGCGGCCAGCGCGCGGUCGCGGUCGUUGGCGACGACAUUGUGGUCGCAUAUCGUACCGUCUACGUCCACGGCGGAGAAGCCGGCAAGCGGGCCGACGCGGAGGUGUCGACGGUCGACGGUGGUGUGCUGUACGACACCGACGAUAUGAGGUACGACGCCCUCCUGGGCGCGGAUCUAAACGGGCGUGGGGCGGAGGACGUCGUCGCGCGCGGCAACGACGCCUUCGAGCGCGACGACCAGGCCGGCCUGUACUGGUUCGACGGGGCGGGGCUCGUCGUACGAAGGCGCAAGGUGUAUACCGGCGCCGUGCUCGCCUUUGCGGCCGGGGAUAUCAACGGAGACGGCGCCGCGGACCUCGUGGUGGCGCCCGCCGCGGGGGGGCUCACGGUCCUCGAGAACGGCGGCGGUUCCGGGGCGGACGCUGACGCGUCGGUCGAUGGGGCCGGCGGCCGGGGUGGUGAGGCUAUCGACGACGCGGGCGUCGCUGGUGUCGGCGCGGCCGCUGUCGCAGUCCUGGCCGCGGGUGCCGCGUUCGCGCACCGGCGACGACGGCGGCCGACGCUUGUCGCGGAUCCCCCCAAGGCGGCGCCUGGCGCCGCCUCAUCAGAAUCCGCCUAGGCACCGAGGGGCUACGAAGGCUCUUACUAGAUUAAAUGCAUUUUAGAAG